AGAUCCCCAUAUUUAUUCCUUUCCAUUUACGUCUAGUCUAUUUUACCUUUGUGUUCUUACAUUCCGAUCUAAAGGAGGACCCUGCACCACGAACCAGUAAGUGACCGAAGCACAGCCUUGCCGAAGUCCUAUUCGCGUGGUAACUCCCGUUGUAAAUAGAACUAAUGGUAGAAGUUAUAGAACCCGUUAGUAGACCCCCUACACCGCAGUAUGCUCUACUCGGAAGAGACGUCGGUAAUGCACAGGCUGAAUUGGCGGAAUGGAGUUCCAUGUUGGAUAUAAUGGACCAAGCGGCCAAAGCGAUGGCGAGGCAAGCCCCGCAGCUAAACACGUUGGAGCAGGCAACCACGUCGUCGAAGUCCUGGUCGGUUAAUGCGGACGACAAACAGAUAACUUUGUCUCCUUUGAUGCCCCGGUAUCAUCGGAAGGUCCCGGAUAAUGAGAUGCCGCUUGUUGACAGGAAGGUGUCCGGUCCGAUUCGUACGAAUGUGCGUAUGUUUCUCCAUGAGUUUCGUACCACAGGCAUGUUGGCGUACGGGAAGACUACAUUCGCAAGCAGCUGUUACAGAUUGCUGGCGUUAGCGAAUAUGGACGCAAAGGCACGGGACGCAUUAGAGGCGGCCUAUGAGAAAGACAAGGAUGGAGUGUGGAAUUGGGACCGUUGUGAGCAGACAUUCGUUGAUAGUUCCUUAACCGCGUUGGAGAAAGCAGCAGAGGUUGAGGAGUUUGCAAAGUCAGGGCGAGAGAGGGGCGAGUCUUACAAGGAGUAUGCCUUACGAUUGGGACGACUAGUCCAUGUUUAUCGAGUCCAAGAGCUUCCUAAGCAUGCGGAUGUCCUGCAGACCUUGCAAAAGACGGUUCCGUCGCUCGCGCUGACUGUUAUGAAUCAAGGCAUGAUCAUUAAAUUUCUCCUCGAUGGACUCGGGCUGCAAGCACCCAACCUCGACACCAUCGACCUUUUUAUGAAGUCGAUUCCGAUGGCGUUAGGUCCUGAUGACUGCACGGAGUGGAAGACAGCCAUCGAAGCUGCCAAGAGGAGUCGAGCAAAUAAAGAAGGGGAAGAGGUGAGAGUUGCUCAGCAGGCGAAAGACAAACAACAGCAUCAGCAGAAGAAGGCAACAGUGGUACAGGUGCCGAUGAUCGCGAUGGCGAGCACUGGUGCAACGGCUACACCUGCCCAGACCAGCAACGCUCCUUACACGUUCAGCCGUGGAGGAUAUGGCGGUCGUGGUUAUUAUCGAGGAAGAGGAGGACGUGGUCACCCUUAUCAUCGAGGCGGAUUCAAUGGUAACAAGCAGCCACUUGGAGGACAAGCAGCAUAGCUCAAGUAAUGCACUGUUACCUGGAGAAGAAGAGAAUAAAAAA